AUGCAUGAUUCAGAAACCACUUCUGACGUUUCCUCCGAUGUAAAUACUUUAACUUUGCAAGACGUUACAAUUAACUUCAGCGAUAUUUUGGAUGCAACAACUUCAGAUUCAUUUACCAUGCAAUUCGAUAAUAACGAAUGUCUACAAUCGCAACAACUUGGUAGACCUGAUCUUAACGUUAAUGCAAUGAAUUCUAAUUACCCUUUGCAACCGAUUCAAGAUGAUCAAGCGGAUGCUAUGAAUAGAGGUGGUAUCAAUUACGACAUUAUUCAUUUCGGCGUGUGUGGCGCGAUAUUACUAUCGAUACCUUACGAGGCCGAAUCCGUUGCCGGGACCUUUCCCGUUACCGAUUCUUGGGAAUUUGUAUUUGUUCAGCAUAAAUGGUUACGUCAAAUUCUUGAACGAUUGUUACAAAAAUUGAUGGAUACUUUACUAUCACCAUCAACGAAAUCGAAUUUCAAGUUGAGGGGUAAAUAUAAUCCAGGAUUAGAGGAGUAUGGUAUAGCGGGAUACGGUAUCGCAUGGAAUCAUGAUUUCGAAGCGUGGCAUUUCAAUCGACAUUUUUUCUCUCAGGCCCUUUUGACCCCGAGUUUCUCACAGUUGGCCGUUAGCACGACGCAAAAAUUUUAUCACGAGUUGACUUCCUAUUGGAAUCAACUUGAUGAAAAUCGGGUAACCGAUCUGAGGGAAUGGAUGACUUGCUUUACGACCGAUAAUAUUUAUGAAUUGAUGAUGAACAAGAGGGGUUAUAGUAUGGUCAGUUAUUUGACCGAAUCCACCGGAAUUGAGACCGACGUUUCGAAGGAUAAUAUCAAGGAAUCUUUGGAUUUCCUUGAAGGUUUUAAAUCAUUUAAAGAUGGUUACUUAUUUUAUGCAUUCACCAAUUCUUUCAUAAGAAAUUUACCCGUUUUAAAGGGUGUCUCUUCGAGAUUUAAGAACAAGUUGGGUGAUUUUUUUCGACUGUUUUCCGAUAUUAUCGUGGGACACAGGGAAAGGAUUCAUUCGAUCGACGAAAGCGAUGACAAGUUAACAAAUGAUAUCAUGACUUUAAUGUUAAAGUACGAUCCGGGACAAGAUUCCUCAAAGACCUUCAACAAAAAGUAUAACCGUCCCAUGAAUGACAAGGAAUUGAUCAUCAACAUGGUGUUGGAUAAGGUGCGCGGUGAAGCUCAAAGGGUUCUCGGAAAAAAUCCCCGUCCAAUUACAAUUGAAGAUUGUGAGAAAUUUUCCGAAAGGUUUCCGUACAUCGAUGCGGUGCUCAAGGAAGUGGCACGCAUGAGUUCAUUGGCUCCCCUGGUCGAUCGCAUUAAUGUGGAACCGGAAGAGUUCGGUGGUCUCAAGUGGCCAGCUUACUCGCAUUUCAUCGUGAACGUUGUUGGUAUUCAUAAUGACCAAAGGUAUUGGAAGGAUCCCGAAAGUUUCAUUCCCGAACGUCACUUGAAUCCCGAUGAGGAUUACAAUUCCAAAGCCUUGAUCAUCUUUGGUGGUGGGACGAGGUACUGUCCGGGAAGGAAGUUGGCCAUGAUCGAGAUAAGGAUCUUGACGGUUUUAACCUUUCUUCAAUUUGAUAUCGAAUUGGUGGAUAAGGUUACCCCUUUAGGUGUCAAAUAUGCCUUCUUCACUCAACCUGAUCCACUUUUGAUAUUCAUAAGACUCUUGUGGAAGUCACCGAUAUGGAAGACACCACAGUCAUAUAAAUUAUUCUUAAACACAUUGAAGAAAGAAAAGACAUUAUAUAAUUAUAGUCAAAUGAUAAGGCACCUCUCGUUUGCACCGUAUCGAAGUCGACCUCAACCCUUAUUCUCAUUCUCGGACAUGCAUUUACUUUCACAAAAAUGUUUCAAUAUAACGCACCUCACAUUUGGACAUGGCGAAGGGACCAUAAUUGCGCCCGAAUCGGUUUUAUUGUUAAUAAAAAAGAAUCCAAAUUUAACAUCGAUAAAAUUCUUAACCUUACAUUUUGAUGACAAAUGGAUGAGUACGGCCUUAAUGCCAAUAAUUAAUGGAAAUUGUUCAAAGUUACGAGAACUUUUAUUUUGUGAACCAUCAUCAACAUCACAACAAGUCAACCAACAUCAGACAGUGAUAACGACGACGAAGGAAUUAAGUUUUAAUUUUUUGUAUUCCAUUGGAAGGAAAUGUAAAACUGUAGAGUCCUUAGAGAUUAGAACAAAAAUAUCAAAUACCAAUGCAUUAAUGAUAAUAAAAUUUUUUUCACAUUUAACUUCGUUAAGUAUAAAAACCAUAGAACCCGAAGCUCUUAAAACUCUUUUGCAUGGAUUUCCAAAUUUAAAGUCCUUUUCAUUUACCUUUCCACAAUCGAUCUCAAAGGAGAUGACAACGGAAAUUGCAAAAGAAUUUCCUCCUUUAGAACAUCUUUCCGCCAUUUUAGACUUGGACACAAGUUCGACAUUUAUUAAUACCUUUGCUACCACUCAAACAAAACUUAAGAAGUUGGAAUUGUUCAAAUGUUCCAAUUUGACCGAUUCUGAUUUGAUAUUAUUGUCAGAAUUUUGCAAUCAAUUAGAAUCCAUCAAUUUAAGUUUUUGUCAAAAUUUGACGGAUGAAACGAUCUCCUCCCUUACCCAAAAGAAUCGUCAACUUAAAAAGAUUCAACUUACAAAUAUGCCAAACUUAACGAACAAUGGUAUCUUAUUCAUAGUUAAGAAUUGUCCAAAUUUAACGUCCUUUAUAUUUAAUGUCGUAAAUUAUCCGGGAGGGUACGAUGGUGGUGGUAAUGUUGGUGAUGGUCAAGAACAAAAUGAUAAUCAAAGCCGAAUAACUUCCAUGGCAUUUAUUCACCUUUUACAAAAUUGUAAAAGAUUAAUCGAGUUCUCUGGUCAUUUCCCCAAGAGUACCGCUACAAAACUCUUGUUUGAAUUAUCCAGGAAAAGAUAUUUUAGGGGGAAAGGGGGUUGUUAUAAAAAUCUUGAGAUUUUAAAAAUCUUUCCAACAGGAAAUGCUUGCGCUGUCUUGAAGUUCAAAAAUCUCGAGGAAUUAUCAAUUAGACUAAAACAGAAUCAAUCUCUAUCAGCAAAUCAUCUAAAGAGGUUAUCAUCACACCCUAAAUUAAGAGAAUUUGAGUUGGGUGAUGCCGUUACCGUAGACGCAAAAAACUUUUAUGAAGCGAUGUUAGAUCCGCAGCAAGUAACGGAGAAAGAUGUCGACGAAAAUACUAACGCUCAGAGAAAUGUCAAAACGUUUCACGAUUAUUAUGGCAUACAAUUCACUUAUAAUCCGAUAAAUGCAGUAGCGAGUACUUCAGAAGUUAUAAAUAAAUUAAAUGAGGCUCAAACACUUCAUGAAUCAUUAAAAUUUAAUCAAGCUAAAGACAUUUAUCAAGAAUUGGCGGAUGAUUAUAAUAAUCCUCAUGCCCAAUAUCAAUUGGGAAUGUAUUUUUACUGCAGCGACUAUGGCGUACACGCACUUGAACACGAUAAUCGUCUGAUUCACAAACCCAUGAAUGAUAUUGAUUUGUCAAAGUAUACUGAUUUCGCAAAUGAUAACGGCUCAAUAAUAGAAAGUCCUACAACAGAAUCUGAUACCAUGGAUGAGAAUGAUUUUCUGGAUGAAAACGAGGCCAAGCAAAUCGCAAUCGAUUAUUUUCUUAAAUCAGCAGAACAAGGAUAUCAUAAUGCGUUUAAUAUACUUGCGAUUAUAUCUGAGGAUAGUAUAAGGCGACAUUAUUCAACAGGAGAAAAUGUUUCACAUUCGUUACAUUUACAAAAUGAUGAUAUUAUGAGAUAUAUGAAAGCAGCGGCUGAGUGGAAAUUUACUAUUGAAAAUUGCGUCGUAUAUGUUAACAUGUACGCAAAAAUAAAUUAUGGCUCAUUAUUAAUUAAAGAUUCAAAAAAUGAAACAGAUCCAUAUAAAAGACGGGAACUUCAAUCUCAAGGGCUAAGACAUUUAUUUGAAGCUAGUAGUGUAAGGUUUAGGGAUGCAAAUUACAACGUAAUUAAAGAAAUCAUGACCGGUUAUCAUAAUCUACCAACUCCUGACGAAGAUCAAGAAUCAAAUACAUAUUUGGGAAUCAGAAAUGAUGAGUAUGUAUUGAAAUAUUAUUCUGAUGAAAGUGAAAUUGAAUCUCAUGAAGAUUUUGAUAAUCCUUCAGAGGAUCCAUCGGAACUUGAGCAUGAUUCACGUGAUCAAGAAAAUAUCAGCUAUUCUUUUGGCAAUUCUGAUUGUGAAUCUAUUGGAAGUGACAACACUGAUAAAAUAUAA